AUGGGGAAGAUCAACAGCUCGUCCCGAGCAGCAUCGUUGAGUGUCGCCGGUGAGUCGUCCACCAUUUGUUGGUCGAUCGAUCAGGAAUUGACAUUCAGCGACAACAGCCUUUACAACGACUAUGCCGUGGAGCCGAAAGUCAAUCAGCUACGCGCUGAUGGGAAGAAUCCCCUGGUGGACUUGAGGCCAGAGUGGAUGGAGAAAGUGACCGCGGCCAUCAUGUCAAUCCCAGCUUUCCAGAAGGCGGUUGUUGAGGAGCACCACUGUCCCGGCCUGCUGAACUUCGCGGAAGCAUCAAUUGAGAACGACUGGGUGGUGUCGGUGUAUCUGAGAGGCUUCUACGAUUGCUUCGCCAAAGAUGAUGAUGAUGCCGCCCUUGCGUAUGUGAUGGACUUGGUCGAAGAAGCCAAGGGGAAGGCCAAGAGUGCGGUCGAACUGAUCAUCAAGAAGCACGCCGCAAUGGAGAUCAAGAACGUGCACCAAGGCGGCGACGUCAGCGAAGCCCACCCACUCCCUCCAAAGCAGCAUCAGAUCUUCGUCGCUCGCCUCCUUGACCUUUCGAAGCAUGAGAAGGAACUCGACUCCUGCCGCCAACAGCUGUACACUGGCUUGAUGUCCAUUCCAAAGCUCAAUCACAGGACACCAAUCUCCAGCACCGUCGACUCUCUGAGGGCCAGAUUUGGUACUGCGACAAUGAUCGACUCUUACGGAGAACAAGCCCUGUCACUACUGCUGGAGCAAGUCGAGAUGACGAAGAAAGCCAACAGACCAGUAGUGGUGCCUGUCGCACAUGAGGCUGAGCUUGAUGUCAAGGUGGCAGCAAAGCUGAAGCAGACAGGGUUCCAAGCUCUUUUCGACGACGAGGUUGGCAUGGAAGAUGAUGAGCAGGCCGGCGAUCCAUCCGACAGCUUUGCUCAUGAUCCAGAGGUCGACACGUUGAUGUCGACCUUCGACCCUACUGCCGAAGAGGGAGCUGUGCGGCGAUACAUCGAAUCCUCAGAGAUCUGCCAGCACAUUGUGUUCUAUCCUGUCUUCGCUAACCCCGAUGGUGCGUUCAAGAUCAGCGAGCUUGCCACGGCAACACGGACGGCGGUGAAGGGAAAAGGCAAGGCGUCGAAGAAGGGGAAGAGUGCUGACGAACUCGUGGAUCGUCCAGCGAAGAGGCUCUUGCGGAAGUACACCGGAUUCAAGGCAGGCAGAUUUGCAUCUAGGAAGGAAUGGGAGGAAGCUGCUGCUCGGAUGGAAGCAGAGAGCCCCCAGCUUGAAGCAAGCAUCCAGACUUCGGAGGCCGUUGUGCAGUCCUGUCUCCAGUACAUCGAUAAGAAUCCCCUCGACUUCAUGGACAUCGAGGCCUUCAAGACAUCCCUCCAGGAUUUCCUGAGCAUGACAGCCCGCAACGAAGAUGCGUCUUCUGCUGAGAAGUCCAACAACAACUUCAUCAUGUUCUCACCACUCCAGUUGUUCGACAACUGGUGGCACUGCCGCUGCUACCUUGCCGUCCUGCGCAUUCGCGUCAUCGGCCACAACCAGAGGAUGUCCAUUGUUGAUGACUGCGAAUUCGAACUGGCAGUGCUGUUGAGCUUGGUACGUGUGGGCGCGGAGGACCCUCUGCUGUGGCUUCCUGUCGUCGAUUUCGCACUGCGCAAGCUUUGGCGUCGAAUGACAGAAGCCAUGCGUACCGAGACCUUCAUUCGCAACGUCUUCAACGAGCUCACACUCUUCAUGCAUGGGGCAGUCGUGAAUGCUUUUGUGUUGCGUUGCGAGCAAGGCACCCAGUCGCCGGACCGGCUUACGGUAAGCAAGCGGAACGCCGCACAAACGCGGUCUGGCCCUCUGGUCAUCUCGCUAACAUUGCCACAGAACGAGUGGUACCCGCUGCUGUUUCAAUACCAGAACAGGUGUGCGAACGAAGACUGUCGCUGCUUGCUUCCAGACCCAAGCGUCAUGAAAGACAACAUAGUCAUCAGAGGCAUGCUGUCUUUCGGUACGGACGAUGCCCGGGUUGGCAACCGUGGUGUUCGUACGCUCGUGUCGUCGAACCGCACCCAGGGCUACCCAUGCCUGUAUAGUGCUGCUUGGGGCUGGUCGUUCGUAUCAUCCCGCCACCUUUCGUCCAGACGGAGCUGA